AUGGUAUCGCAGAAGAAGACAUUGAAUGAUGUCAAGAACAAGAAGCUUUUACCGCACAAAGGCUUGAUCAAUGGCGAAUGGGUCGACUCGGCUUCUGGAAAGUCGACCUUCGAUGUGGUCGACCCAGCAACACUGGACAAGCUCGCCACUCUCCCGGAGAUGGACAAGCAGGAUACGGCGACAGCCAUUGAUGCUGCCCAUGAAGCCUUCAAGACAUGGAAGAAGACGACUGCACGCCAGCGCGCGAGGAUGCUGAGGAAGUGGUCUGACCUCUGCCACGAGAAUGCCGACGAUCUCGCUUUGAUCAUGACGCUUGAGAACGGCAAGACGUUGACAGAGGCUAAGGGCGAGGUUGUGUAUGGCGCCAGUUUCCUUGAGUGGUUCGCAACCCAAGCCGAGAUGACGCAUGGUGAGGUCGUGCCGCCCGCAAACCUGAACCAGCGCAUCGUCACUUUCAAGCAACCCGUAGGCGUGGCGGCCUGCCUGGCACCUUGGAACUUCCCAGUUGCCAUGAUCACGCGUAAAUGUGGCGCUGCGCUUGCGGCAGGUUGUACGACUGUGUGGAAGCCUGCUGGUGAGACACCACUCUCUGCUCUGGCCCAGGCUGUGCUCGCCGAGGAAGCCGGCUUUCCCAAAGGCAGCAUCAACGUCAUUACAUCACUCACUACUGUCGCGGAGGUGGGCGAGGAGCUUUGCCGAAACCCAAAGGUUCACAAGCUGUCUUUCACAGGCAGUACGCGUGUGGGCAAGCUGCUCAUGCAACAAUGUGCGCCGACUCUGAAAAAGCUGAGUCUCGAGCUCGGUGGCAACAGUCCGUUCAUUGUCUUCGAUGAUGCGAAGAUAAGCACUGCGCUAGACGCUGUCAUUCUGGCAAAGUUUCGCAACUCCGGCCAGACUUGCGUCACGGCAAAUCGUAUCUUCGUCCAGAGUGGAAUCUACGACGAGUUUGCGAUGCAGCUGACGGAACGCAUCAAGUCGCUCAAAGUUGGUGCUGGAACGGAGGAUGGCGUGUUCGUUGGUCCGUUGACUCAUGAGCGUGCAGUCGAGAAAGCAAUGAACCAUAUUGAAGACGCCAAGAAGCACGGUGGUCAGGUGAUGUAUGGUGGCAAGCCGAUGGAAGGAAUGGGAUCCGGCUACUUCUUGCAGCCGACGCUCAUUACCGGCAUGACCACGGAGAUGCUGACUACCCGAGAGGAGACCUUCGCGCCGGUAUUAGGGCUCUACAAGUUCGAGAAAGAGGAAGAGGUGAUCGAGUUGGCCAACGAUUGCGAUGUCGGUCUUGGCAGCUUCGUAAUCACUGAAAAUAUGGCUCGCAGCUGGCGAGUGGCGGAAGCGCUGGAGGUAGGUAUGGUGGGUAUUAAUCUGGGUAUGCUGAGUGCAUGCGAGUCGCCGUUCGGUGGUGUCAAGGGAAGUGGCUUUGGGAGGGAGGGUGGCACGCAGGGAAUCCAUGAGUAUUUGAUUACAAAGUCAAUGUUGAUCAACGUAGCGAAUUAA